CAGAUGAUGGGGUGGAUGUUCCGUUGCCUUGUCACCUGCUGGAUGUGGUGUUCUCUUCUCUCCAUGCUGAAUGCAGAAGAAGAGCCAGAACUAGGUGGGCCAAGAGAAUGCAAGAAUGCUCACUUCGUACCUGGAUACAACCUUGGAGGAGAGGGCUUUGACGUUGUGAAGAUGGAGCAAAAAGCGUCUUACGUGAUCGACAUGGAGAAGUGGGACAGAGGGAACCGCAGUUGCCUAAUUUAUCGGAACGCAUAUUUGAAGAAUGUAAGGCAGAAGAUACCGGCAGCUGUGACCUACUGGAGAAAACUUCCGAAGUGUUCAAUGAAGGUUGUAAGCCAGAUUUAUGACUCCAGUGAAGCUCUUGUGAAAAGUUCUACCUCAUCGAUUUCAAACAACUGGAAAUAUGGACUGAGUUUGCCACACAGCAGUUUGGGUUCUAUAGGAGGCACUCAUUCCCGUGAAGCAACAUACGCAAUGAAAAAGUCCAAAGAAGACAAGUACAGUUUCACCAAGCAUGAUGUCACAUGUAGCUUCUACAGCUACAAAAUAACAUCUUCACCACCACUGCAUCGGGAAUUUCUUCGCGCUGUUAGGUCUCUUCCUCGAAAAUAUAAUUCAGCAUCUUAUCAAGCCAUAAUUGACAAGUUUGGCACACACUAUACCACAGGAGUGGAUUUAGGUGGGAGGAUGAAAGCGGUAACAGCCAUUAGAACCUGCAAAGCAGAAAUGAGUGGCCUUACCGAAACAGCAGUUAAAGACUGUUUGGAUGUGGAGGCAUCAGGUACGUACAAGGGUGUCACCCUGAAAGCAGAGGCCCAACACUGUCAGGACCUGAAAAGAAGAAUGAGUACAAAUAGGAAAUUCAGCUCCAUGUUUAAUGAACGACAGACAGAGAUUAUUGGAGGCAACAUCAAUGGUGAGGAUAUCCUUUUCUCUCCUAAUUCACAUCCAUAUGCACGAAAAGCGUGGGUGGAAUCUCUGAAGACCAUCCCAAAUGUGGUGAGAUACUCUCUUCAACCCCUGCACUCCGUGCUGAGUUACAAUCACCCUGCUAGGAAUGGACUAAAGAAAGCUAUUGAGAAGUAUAUCAUUGCAAAUGCUUUACGAAAGGCUUGCUCUGGGUCUUGUUAUAUAGGGCAUCGCACUAGUGUAAGGGAUCGCUGUGCUUGUGUCUGUAGAAGAAGCCAAGUAAUUACUGCCAACUGCUGUCCUGCUGAAAAAAAUCUUGCCACGCUGAGGGUUUACAACCUCCAUGCCAAUGGGUUAUAUGGAGACGUAUGGACUGCAACAGAUGGCUCGGUUGAAGUUUCUUACGGGUCCACAAUCGCACGUACUCAAGUGAUUAAUAAUAACAACAAUCCCUGGUGGAGAGAAUCGUUUCAGUUUGGUCCUGUCAAGCUGUCCAAAGGCCGAAAACUCACUUUCAAAAUAUACGAUGCAGACUAUUACUGGAACAGUGACUUUCUUGGACAGUGCUCCAUUGACCUGAAAAGUGGAGUUGUGACUAACGCAUGUUACUUAAAGCAUGGAACUUUCUUUUACACCUAUUCAUUAAAAUGUGCUCCCAGUCUGCAGGGUAAACGGUGUGAAAAUUAUAGUCGUUCUCCAAUGGACACCGAGCUGGCCAAAAUAUUCCGCUCUCGAAACGGCAUUCUGGCUAAAGAUAUGUGGAAACUCCAGGCAGCUCAGAACAACUCCAAUAAGCUCUACUAUAAGAGUGAUUAUCUGUAAAAGCAGAACCAGAUCAUGUUCAGCAGUUAUGUUGCUUAAACAGCUUAGCUCUUAUUGCUUGUUUGACAAAUGAAAAAAUAAUAAUACAAUAAU